UCGCAAUCUUUAAUCCCUCAUAUGUUUCCACCUGGCUGACGCUUUGAUUCUCUUUUUUUCGCUUUCAGUUAUUGCAACUGUAGAUCUGUUUUGCCUUGUUUUUUUUUUAGUGGAAGCAAGCAAUGUCUGAAACGCCUGAGCCAACACGCCAAGCUUCGGCUGCUCCCGAGGCCCCAGCGGCUACUGGAGCGUCUCCAGCUCCUGCAACUACCGAGUCAGCAGCCUCUCCACCCGCUGCCACGUCGGGUCCUAUUCUUGACCCGCAGCAUUGGGCGCAGGUCAAUGAGGAACAAGCACAAGCUGAGGGUGAUGACAAUGCAGAUGCUGACUCAACCCUUGACCCGGAUAACGCCUCAUCGACUGCUUCCAUCACCUCAAGCAUUCUGGAAUACAGAACUAUUCAUGGUCGCACCUAUCACAGCGAGCAGGGAAAUGCUCAAUAUUGGGCCUCCAACGACGAGCAGCAAAAUGAUUUGAUGGAUCUCACUCACCAUAUUCUUACCCUUGGUCUUGGAGAUAAACUUCACCUGGCUCCUCUCAAAGAAGAGAAGCUUCAUCAAGCUAUUGAUAUUGGUACCGGUACCGGUAUCUGGGCUAUUGAUUUCGCCGACCAAUACCCUGGCGCUGAGAUCAUCGGGACCGACCUCUCACCCAUCCAGCCCUCUUGGGUUCCUCCCAACGUCCAAUUUGAGAUCGAAGACUGUACCCGUGAAUGGACUUUCAAAUCUGACUUCGCCGAUUACAUCCAUGUGAGAUGGCUGAUGGGCAGCGUACGAGACUGGGACGCCUUCUUCUCCGAAGCCUACAGAGUCUGCAAACCCGGCGCCUGGAUUGAAAGUCACGAAGCUUCCUGCAACGUAAGCAGCGAUGAUGGUACUGUCGCCCCUAACUCUGCUAUGGGCCACUGGGGUGAAUUCUUCAAAGAGGGCGGUAAGAAGAUUGGUACAAGCUUCAGUGUCGUUGAGGACGGUACUCAGCGCAAGGCUAUGGAAAAGGCCGGUUUUAUCAACAUCCAAGAAUUCGACUUCAGAGUGAGUUAUCCCUCCGCACUUUUGAGUUAGGAUGCUAACGGAUGUGACAGAACCCUGUUGGCACUUGGCCCAAAGACCCUGUUGAGAAGCGCAUGGGUGCCUAUUCUAAGUAUGGUCUCGAGACAGAUAGCGAGGGCUUUAUUCUGUUUAUGGCGCAUACACUUGGAUGGACGAGAGAGGAGAUUCUUGUUUAUAUCGCCCAGUUCCGAAGAGAGAUUCGCUCUGGAAAGCAUCACGGAUACUUUGCUCAAAAGGUUGUUUGGGGACAGAAGCCCGAAACUGCAGCUGCCUAGACGGCGUGGGCACCAAGCCUUUUCACGAUGCCUAAAAGACAAUUAUGACUAUCAAAAUGACAACACUUAUAUAUAAAAAAGAAAUUCAAUCUUGAGCUGCCGUCUUUCAUAUGAGAUCUUUAGCACGUACGUCCCAAUUCUAAGCGACUCCACGAGCCAGUACGGUUUAUGAUGGAUCUUAGCUAC